CGUCGCUGCCGGAGAUUCAUUCACAGCGCAUCAUCUGAUCCAGGAACAGCACUUUCUCUCACUGGUCCUUCUUUUUUAGUUUUUUUAACCCAGCUAGUACUUUUGUAGUCAGUUAAAGAAAGCGAAAGUGUUUGCGUCAGGUGCGCGCUCUAACUUUCUAAAGGAUACGCGCGUGGCCGAUGAUGAUUUCUGCUGAAAGAGGAACAGCAUCUGCGUAAAAACUGAUCUGAGUUCAGCCCACUUCACACCGAACAGCAGGGUUGUUAAGAGCUGUGGAUCCCCAUCCCGAAACUCACGGAGACAAAAACAUACCAAAUGGUUUUUCUUUGGGACGCCAAAUACGAACCUGCGCCCGGGCGACGCUUCACGCCUCCCUCCACCACCCUGAGCUCGGGGAAGAUGAGCGAGGGUUUGCCUCUGGGGGCUCAGGAGAGCACCGGCGCCGCUCUGGUGGGCAAACUGCGCAUGGCAGACCGCAGCAUGGUGGAAGUACUGUCCGACCACCCGGGGGAACUGGUGCGCACCGACAGCCCGAACUUCCUCUGCUCCGUCCUGCCGACACACUGGCGCUGCAACAAGACCCUGCCCAUCGCCUUCAAGGUGGUUGCCCUUGGUGAUAUCCCAGAUGGAACACUGGUCACAGUGAUGGCGGGAAAUGAUGAGAAUUACUCCGCUGAGCUCCGCAACGCUACAGCCGCCAUCAAGAACCAAGUGGCUCGUUUCAAUGACCUGCGUUUCGUGGGCCGCAGCGGACGAGGGAAGAGCUUCACUCUCACCAUCACCGUCUUCACAAACCCUCCUCAAGUGGCCACAUAUCAGAGAGCCAUAAAGAUCACAGUGGACGGACCCCGAGAGCCACGACGCCACCGACAGAAGCCGGAUGAAGCAGUAAAGCCAGGCGCGUUAGCUUUCUCUGAGCAGUUGAGGCGAAGUGCCAUGCGGUGCAGCCCACACCACGGCCCCGCCCCCAACACACGCCCCACCCUCAACACGCCCCCCUUCGGCAGCCCCGCCCACAGCCAGAUUCCCGACUCCCGGCAGAUGCAGACGUCUCCAUCCUGGUCGUAUGAGCAGUCGUACCCAUAUCUGGGCCCGAUCUCCACCCCAGCGGUCCACCCUACAACACCAAUCUCACCCAACCGGACGGCUUUACACUGUCCAGAGCUGACGGCGUUCACAGAUCCCCGUGUGGGUUUGGAGCGCUCCUUCCCAUCACUCCCAUCUCUCCCAGAUGGGCGUUUCUCUGACCCGCGGGUGCCGUACCCCACCGGCGCCUUCACCUACACCCCCACGCCCGUCACCAGCGCCAUCGGUAUUGGCAUGUCAGCCAUGAGCAGCCCUGCGGGACGCUACCACACAUACCUGCCGCCGGCGUACCCCGCGGGCUCCUCGCAGGCCCAGGCUGGAGCCUUCCAGGCGAGCUCGUCCCCAUAUCACCUGUACUACAGCAGCGCUGCGGGCUCCUACCAGUUCUCCAUGAUGCCCAGCGGAGGGGCGGCAGCAGGGGAGCGCUCGCCGCCCCGAAUCCUACCCUGCACCAACGCCUCCACAGGCUCCGCCCUCCUGCACCCCUCGCUCCCCAAUCAGAGCGAAGGAGUGGUGGAGGCGGAGGGAAGCCACAGCAGUUCGCCAACCAGCAUGUCUGUAGAGGCCGUCUGGAGGCCAUACUGACAGCCAAUAGCACGCCGGCAGCUCAUUUAAAGGGACAGUUCACCCAAAAAUGUACUUACUAUUUCCAAAUCUGUGAGUUUCUUUCUUCAGUUAAACACUAGAGGAGAUAUACUAAAGAAAGCAGAGAUCUGUUGACUUCCAUAGUAGAAAAACACAUAAAAGUCAAUUAAUUUGACAUGCUUUAGACUUUAUUUUGAACAAAUUAAAUUAAAUCAAAUUAUAAAAACAGCCAGAAAAGAGAAACUGAUGUGUUUCUGUCAUCAUUAAUGCCCCAUCAGUGCAUUUCCAUGCUUUUUUAUAUGGUUUCUUUUCUAAUUUGCAUGUUAAGUGCAAUUAAAUUCUAAAAUAAAAUGUAAAGUCAAAGCAUAAAUAGGAUAUAUGCACAGCUAGUGUUUCCUCCCAUACCGAUAAUCUUCCGGUGAACGGUUAAUAUGACUUUUUUCAGAUUUAUACAGUUUCUUUUACAGCAUUGAUGUUGUAAUGCAAUUAAAAUACAAUCAGGUAAACAGAUUUAAGCAUUUAUUUAGUUGCUCAAGCAUAAACCGAGAUGAAAAGUCACGCACAUGCACGUCACGAUCAGCAGGCGAACGCAGAAACUCCAUUGAAAACACUGGGGGAAAUCAAUGUUUAUAUUUUAAAGACAUGAUGUGGAAAAAUGUCAUUUACUGCAGUGCUUCUCCUAGAUUGUGAGAUGCACUUUAUAUGGUAAAUCAAUCAGGCACUGAAGAUCAUUGAUUUUUAAAGAAAACAGACCUGAAAUGUGCUGAUUUUGUAACAGCAUACAGGUCACCGCAAGCGCUUGACUCAGGUUACUGACAAAUUAAAAGUCCUUCUGCAUAUAGCCUAUAGCAGAAGUGAACAAAUAAAUUUUCCCUACCAGCAAAUAUUAAUUUAUAAGCAAAAUAAACUGACAGCAAAUUUAAAGCAGACACUUUUGCUCUAUAAUGUCGUCACUAAUGACUAAAUCAAUGUGGAAUAUCCACAAGAUAAAGGUAAACAUCGCCGAAUUGUAGCUCUUGUAGGAACAGGACCUUUAUUUUUUUGCUUGUUAUUGCUUAACAUUACUGAUACAUUUAGAGUGAACGGUUAAUAUGACUUGUUUUAAUUUUAUACGGAUUAUUUUACAGCAUUGAUGUUGUAAUGCAAUUAAAAUACAAUCAGGUAAACAGAUUUAAGCAUUUAAUUAGUUGCUCAAGCAUGAACCGUGAUGAAAUGUCACGCACAUGCACGUCACGAUCAGCAGGCGAACGCAGAAACUCCAUUGAAAACACUGGGGGAAAAUUAAUGUUUAUAUUUUAUAGACAUGAUGUGGAAAAAUGUCAUUUAAUGCAGUGCUUCUCCUAGAUUGCGAGACACACUUUAUAUAAAUGUAAAAGCAGACACUUUUGCUCUAUAAUGUCGUCACUAAUGACUAAAUCACUGAUGAAUAUCCACAAGAUAAAGGUUAACAUCGCUGAAGUGUAGCUCUGACAGGAACUUGAGUUAUUCUUUUGCUUAGUAUUGCUUAAUAUUAAUAUUGCUGGCAGCGCGGUGGCGCAGGGGGUAGCAAAGUCACCUUACAGCAAGACGGUCGCUGGUUCGAGCCUCCGCUGGGUCAAUUGGCAUUUCUGUGUGGAGUUUGCAUUUGGACCCCACAGUCCAAACACAUGCGCUAUAGGGGAAUUGGGUAAGCUAGAUUGGCCAUGGUGUAUGA